UACAUAUAAUAAAUCGCAAACAUAACUAAUAAAUCGUAAAAAUACCUUCUUUUGAAGACUCAAGCGAUUCCGGCGAUGCAAUAUGACGGGGGCAUCUGUUCUCGGCACUCCUUUAGAGUCCUUGGCAGGAAUGAAGACUUAUAUAAUUUAAAUGUUAACCAAUGCCUUUCUGCUCAUUUGUUGCUACAGAUUCUACUUGCAAGGAGCAAUAUGACUUGACUUUGUAAGUGAUGGGUUUAUUCAAAGUUUUACUUAUAUACCAGCAUGAAAUUUACAAUGCACAACACGACGUAGUGAUACGGCGUAAAUAUAUCUAAGUCCUUUCGUGAUGUAGGGCACGAUUUGAGCGGAAUGAGGUAACUGCGUUCCAAAUCAAUACUUGGAAAGAGUGUGAACAAGUUUACAAUAUAAUCAGAAACUCAUCAAAAAGGGUAUUAAAAAAUUUAAUGUUUAUCCGAUUGAAAGAUAACUCCCGAGUCUUCAAGUUCUUGUCCUGGCUUCAGUAUUAAAAACAUAUUUUUAGUCUCGAGUAGAUUAAAGAUGAAUUCGUCCCCGGAUGUUAACCACUUACUCUGCGGGUGAAAUUUGGCAGUAAAGGCAAAAUAUCGAAUAUACCAGAACUAAAUGGUCUUUUUUUCUGAAAUUCAGAACCAGAGAAAACAAAGCCUACGACCUUGACGUAGGAUCCGAAAAUACUCCUGUCUACUGUGUAAUGGUCGACACUGGAAUGGGAACAUGUGGUGGAGGUGGAUGGACUCUGGUCAUGAAGAUUGAUGGAACACAGGUAUUUUAUCCUCCUUUUUAUAGUCUUGUUAUUAUUCCUGCCGUAUAAUUCACAGUAGAUAUGUAAUAGAUAGACAAUACGUGUAGAUGUGAACUACUCUGUUUAUAUUGCUACAAAAUGGUAUCUAGGACCACAUCGUUAACUGAAAAUAGUUAUCCUAAAUUGUGUAGGGCAUUGCUAAGAAACAUUUCUUUUUGUCAAAGAGAGCUUAUAAUCGAGCCAACUAGGCCCAUUAAGAAGCCACGUCCACUCAAAUUCAAGGAAAACGUAAUUACGAGUAAGGUUACCGUUUCAUUUGAUUGAGCUCGGUAUGCUGUGCGAGGAAUAGAGGCAUUCGUCUUCGGGCUUAGUCUCCUUCGCAUAUAUUUUUUUGGGUGAAUUUUGUGAACUACAAGUUAACUUCCCAGACUGUGAUUAUUUUACACGGGAUAAAACCCGAAAAACCUAAACGCAUGCGUGGCAUGGUUUCCACACCAGAGAUUCUUGGUCAAAUGCUCACUAUCUCUUGUUUUCUAGCAAACUUUCCACUACAAUUCCAAUCUCUGGAGCAACAAAGAAGCAUUCAAUAUAGUAGGAGGGGAGACUGGGUUUGACACACUUGAGACCAAGCUACCGACAUAUUGGAACACACCCUUUUCCAAAAUCUGUCUCGGUAUGAAGAUCCCAGGCGAGGAGAGCACGAACUUUAUCACCAUAAACGAGGCCGCUGAUUCGCUGCAAUCAUUGAUUGCUGACGGGCAAUUCCGAGCCACAUCCCUGGGUCGUGACACGUGGAAAACGCUCUUUGGUUCCCAAGGCUCCUUGCAGGACAACUGUAACAGAGAAGGGUUUAAUGCAGAAUGCCACGAACUGGGCGGAACCAAAGCAAGAAUCGGUAUCAUUGGAAACAACGAAAACCACUGCCGCACUUGUGAUUCCAGAAUCGGGUUUGGAACAGGAGGGCGUCAUGACGACUCCAACACUUGUGGCAUUGAAGCAGUCGCUGCACCAGAUAAUGGAGACAGGCACAUCAAGGCCAUGGGAUAUAUCUUAAUUCAGUGACCUCGCAUGCUAGUUAUGAAAUGACGGAUGAUGGUGCAACUAGGGAAAUGCUAGUUUUUUUUUGCUUUUUUGUUUUGUUUUUUUAAUUAACUGAUAUCGCUAACUUGACAUAGCGAUAUCGAUACACAUCGCACAGCAAAAGAAAUUGUUAUUCUACUAUUACGCAAUUACCCCACGUUAAGUCAAGGGAACGCGCAAAAUAUGAGCCCUUAUUGCACCAUAAAGUCAUAUUUUGUUUUGAGAUGUAUUUCAAAAACUAGAAGCCGAAAAACGGGAGAAAAUACGACAUAUACUUUGCAACAGUGGAGUACUAAAUCGAUAAGGUUGUUUGUUUAAAGUGACUAUCCCAAAGAGUCUAAAGCUUACAGUCAAAAGGUCUGCGGGAUCCAGGUAUUCCGUUUUGGAAAAGCCACGUUUCAGUUAAAGUUAAUAUAGAGAUCCACGAUAUGGACAUUAUUUCCGUUCCCAAUUUUCCAUGAAGAAUGGAACGAACAAAGACCAAGGCUUUUAGCUUUGUGGGGCUUUCAAAAGAACUG